AUGGUAACCCAAAAUACUACAGGCAACCCGCUGAGCUCGGGUUCGCUCGCUCUCUUCAUGGCGACGUCACUACCAAAAGGCGAUUCUCCACAGCUCAAGAACGGAACCGAAGCUGUCGCAUUGUCUGUCCACGCUGGCAUGCUUGCCGUUGGAUUCCGUCUCAUCGGACUGGGCGAAGACGAGCGCAUAGAAGCGCACGCAGACGCUGAAAACCCUGCCGCAUUACCCAAAGAAUGGAACGCAUCCUCUUCAUACGCUUUUCGAUACGCGCACGCACAAUCAGCCAUGGAGUACCUUGUCAAAGUCAACAGAUUGGGAGGCAAGGCGGUCGUCUACGCCCUGGCGCUGGGCGAUGACAAGACUACACAUUUCGAAGUUACAACCAAGGACUACAUCUCAGAAUCACAGCUACCGUUCAGUGUAUCUGAAGACGCGUCAACCGAGGACGUGUCGCAGAAGGUGCAAGAGCUCUUCAUAUCCCCAGGCAGGCUGAACGAUCUAGGCUCCCUUCUCAAGAUCUCCGUCAUCCAGAAACUGGCACCUGGGCUGAACAAGCCAGGAUAUGAGGAGGCCAGCGAGGAUCGAGAACGCACACCCACAGCAGAUCAGCAAGAACCGCAACGGGGUCAGCCUGCGAAUCCACGACAACCCCCCAACGAGCCGGAGCCUGCGCGGCCAUACCCGUUCCAUGACCCUCUCGCCGCGCGACCAGGCUCUGGGCGGCAUCUACCAGAGCCCAUACCCGGCUUUGAUGACGAACUGGAAGUAAACCGGCAACCAGGUCGCAUGCCUGGUAAUAAUCCUAUCAAUAUCGGCCACGACGACUUGUACCCACAAGGUCUUGGACCGAACGAUCCUCUCAGACCACACUUAGCAGGCGGAUUGCCACGGCCUGGUGGUUUCGGAGGUGGCGGUAUGCAUCCCACCUUCGACGAUCCACUGUUUCGCGGUCAAGGCGGACAGGGCGGGUAUGAUCCAAGAGUACCACCCGGCGCUCGUUACGAUCCGAUGGGACCUGGUGAUCCGCUGAGGGAGGAUAGAGGAAGAGGCCCCAUGUUCCCAGGCGGAGGAGGCUUUGGCGGACCUGGUGGUUUCGGCGGAGCAGGUGGACGACCGCCAAAUCCAUUCGGUGGCUUUGGCGAUGGAGACUUCAUCUGA